UUUCAAUCAUGGCAAGAAAACCAAGCAUGGGUAAAAAAUAUAUCCAAAUCAAAAGAAUUAGGAAUGAGAAGGCAAGACAGAUAGCCUUCUCAAAACGUAAAGGAGGUGUUUUCAAAAAGGCUCAUGAACUUGGUACCGUUUGCGGUGACAGUGUUAUCGAUCAUUACCUCUCGGGAGAUACUCUCGACAGGACUCCAACUCCACCUGUCAUGCCUCAUCGUGAAGCCAGAAUUCUUGAACUAAACAGAGAAUAUAGCGAGGAACUCGAGAGGUUGGAAACCGAGAAAAAAAGAGGACCAGCCGUCGGAAAGAUUACCGAAGCAAAUAAGAGUAAGCGUUGGUGGGAAUGGGAUUAUAUUGAUGACUCAGGGGAAGAAGAGUUGGAAAUCUUAUGCGGUGCUCUUGAUGUGCUCAAACUUAAGAUUGCUGAGGACGUAGAUAAAUUGUGGUUCACUACAACCCACAUUUCUUCUCUCCCUCAUUUUGGAUAUGGUGUUGGCUUUGGUUUGGACAAAGGCAAUGCGCUUUAUUAAGUAUAAGGUCAACCUUGUGCACUGAUUUCAUGAUCUAUGCACUCAGUUACUCAAAGGGAAGUCAUUUUUAUAACCCUUAUAUAUUUCUAUUCUUGUGUUUGUUUUUGUUCAAAAAAAAAUGAAAAAAGAAAAAGAAAAAUGUUUGAUUGUUUGCUUUCAGUAGUUGGUUUUUG